CAAGUAAAGCGGCCCUAGAAGAAGUAACGGCGGCGUCCUGACUCAGGCAAACAAUCAUGGCGGCGACGGAGAGCGAGGUUCUGUGUGAGAUCGAGGUGCUGCAGUCCAUCUAUUUAGAUGACCUGCGUGUCACCAGGACACAUGACAGGCGUUGGGAAGUGAGCCUGGUUCUGUACCCGUCCACAGCCGAAGAUUGUGGAUCGCAGUUUGUCCGGCUGGGCUUGACGCUAACUCUCGAUGACCAGUAUCCUUGCUCAUCUCCUGUCAUCUCCAUACACAACCCGCGAGGACUCUCUGACGACAAGCUAAGCAGCCUUCAGCGGAGUCUUGAGCUCGAAGCCGAGUCGUGCGUGGGCUCGCCCAUCCUAUAUCAGCUGAUUGAGGUCACUGCCGUCACCCUUUACCUCAAACACGAUGUUCAACCUUUUCAACCUUUUUUUUUCAAUUUCGUCAUCCAGAAAGCCAAAGAAAUCUUGACUGAAAGCAACAUUCCCCACGGGAACUGUGUCAUCUGCUUAUACGGAUUCAAGGAGGGAGAGUCGUUCAGCAAGACGCGCUGCUAUCACUACUUCCACUCUCACUGCCUGGGUCGAUAUGCUCGCCACUCGGAGGAGGAGAUACGCCUCCGCCAGCAGGAGAUGGCAGACGACAAGACAGACACACAGCAUCAGGAGCUGACGGUGGUUUGUCCCGUGUGCCGCGAGCCUCUGACCUAUGACCUGGGCCAGCUGAUGGCCAGCGCUGCGCCACAGCUGCCAGAGCUGGACGGCGCCGCCAUCCGCUCCAAAUUCCGGCAGAAGUGGCAAGAACUUGAGAAGGUUCUUGACAGGCAACGCAGUCGAGGAGGUGUCAUCGAUCCCGAGGAGGAGUCCAAUCGCUUCCUCAUCCACAUCAAUGAGGUGAUGUGUAGGAUCUGUCGGAACCCUGUUGAAGCUAAGAACCUUUUGCUCCUCCACUUUCUCCUGAUGGCGACGGAGUUGUGGACCCUUCUCAACCUGCUACCUGUGAGCUUCCUCCCCCAGCACAGCACUUUCCUCUGCUGCCAACACAUUGCACAAGCACUCACAGGCAGCCUCAGGCCCAGAAGCGCCACAGCCAUGGCAGGGGUCCCAGGAGAGGAAGCGGGCCCCGAAUGCAUCACAUCAAAGGAGGUGCCCCCAUCUCUGAACACCUGGACUCGCUCCGUCUAUCAUCGGGCCCUGCCGAGGGAGCGCCCGGCGCCACACGUGACAGCGUGCAUGCAAACUUGACUCUUCGCCAAACAGGAAGUCACCCGUCUUUUUCUUCUGACAAACAUACGCCUGGGGGGCACACUCAGCGGGCUCGUAGAAGGGGCCCGCAACACUCGCCCUUCGGGGGGCCCCCUCAACACCACCGCUGGGACGCUCGGGCACCGAGAAGGGGGGGGUCCUGCCAGCAGAGGGUUGGGGGACCAGAGGAGGAGCUCUGACACACACUCUUGUGGUGUGGUGAAACAAUUAAAUAAAGCUAAUGAACUAA